UAAUUUGGAUGUGCUCUAGGAUGUGUAGACAUGUUUCUGAUUAUGAAAUUAAAUUGAUCAUAAGAGGGAAGGAUCCUCUCGCUCAUAAUACACAAAUUUCACAAUUGUACUAAACUCAUCUAAGUGGGCGCUGGGCAAAAUUAAAUUAAUCAUAGGUGUCUUUGUAUGUUGUUUAACUUAGUUCAAUUGUUUGACGAUAGUUUUGGCAUGAGCCAUCUAUCCUCAAGAAGCCUUAUAUAUAAAUGUUUUAUUUUUGGUUAACAGAUCCUUUGAAAAUCAAAAUCAACUUAGAAUCUAAAAUUAGGUGAAUUCAAUACUGGGAUUAACUAUCAGUAAAAUUGAGAAAACUAAUGUCAAUCAUCAACAACUAUAACUAGAUAUUAAUAGACACGUAAAUUCUCGGUUAAGUUAAAAAUUCAAAUCCUCAUAUCUAUACUAUGCUGAAAAAAAAAAAAAAAUCAAUUAUACUUCGGAGUCUUCUCAUAAUAUUCUACCAUAUCUUAAAGAAAGAACAAGAAAAAAGGAAUACCAUUAUACGAAGCAUUAUAUAAAGUUUGGAUUCUCCAUCCCACGUGUUGUAAAAAAGAAAAAGAAAAUUUCCACGGUUACAUGUCAUUCAGCAGAUGGCUUGAAUGGAAUUCAAGCACUCAGUAGCUUUCUAAAGGAAGAGCUAAGUGAUCUUCAACUUCAUCCACUUUCAGAAAGUCAAUUUCACAAGUCUCUAUCCACAAAGAUGACCUGAAAUUCAUUCAUAUUUCACACCUGAAGCCACACCUUUUUUCUUCAACUCUAUCCACGACCUCAUGGAUUCCACUGCUCUGGGUUCCGUUACAGUUACAACAUCCUCGAGCCUUUUAUCAUGGAGUCAGAGAAUGAAGUUGAAGCAAUGUAUAGAGACUUCAAAUUUUCUUGGGAAAGCUGAUAGGUGUAUGCUAUUAAAGCAAAAGAUCCAAUUAAGUGUAGGGACUUCGUCCAGAUCUAGAUCAAAAUUUAAGCUUGUGAGAAUAUCAGCCUUCAAAAACAGUGUUCUAAAUGAUGAACCUAGGGAUGGAGAACUGUCUGAAGUACCAAAGGAUACAAGAGAAGAUGGUCAUGUUUCAUCAAAAGUUACUUUGAAAGCAAAUAUUGUUGUAUUAUCUUAUACAUUUGGAAUAGUCAAUUGGAUUGCACUGCACUUGUUUAUUAAUAAGUUAUUCAGUAAAUGGCCGACAAUUUUAUGUACUCAACAAGUAAGUGAAGAAGUGGAUGGGAUUUUGGGAACGGUGUCGUUGAGGGAGAAAUCAGCAACUCUGAACGAGUCUCAUAAUAUGAGAAGUCAUGAAAGACUAGAAGCAUUUUGGCCCUACCUUCUCAGACUGGAUCCCAUGAUUAAAAUCCCUCUGUUGAUGUUUAUUCCCUUGUAUCUGACAAUCAAAAUCUUUUAUGGAGCCCAGGUUUCAAAAGAACUGAUGCCUUUGUGGGUGUUUGGGCCAUUCAUUGUAGCUUUCUACAUCAAGAUGUUUCACUGGUUGUGUUGUCUCUCAAUCUUGAGCUUCAAGCGAACUGCAUAUUUGAUGAAAAACUUUCUCUGUUAUUUCAAGCUAGUCUGUGGCUAUGUUUCCCAUGGGAGACUUAAAGAGGUGGUACGAGCUCGGGUCUGGCAACCUUUAGUGAAUAUUAGGAGCCUCCAUUAUAAAGAGUUGUCGAGAAGAAAGUUCCAAUUUAUGCAAGAAUGGAUUAUGGAGAGGUACCUCGAUUUUUUAGAAUUAGUAUGGCCAUAUUAUUGCAGAUCAAUAAGGUUCCUAAAGAGAGCUAACCUCGUUUAGAUGGGCUUUGAUGAAAUGCCAUUGUUUAUAAAGUGAACCGGAGUUCGUUUUGUUAACAUUUGCCAAAGGUUUACACGUCUAUAAGGCCAGCCGAUCAACUGUUUCUAUUAGCUUGAGGGAGUUAAAAAUGUAGCCGAAGCUGUCAAGUUCUAUGAUUCUUGUAAGGCUGCUUCCCUAUUCCAAAUGCUUUGAAGAGGUUUCUUUUUGUCUCAAUUUCAUUAUCAUUUUGGGCUAUCCUUUUUGUUACGUUCAUGAAAUGGAAACAUUUUCAAUAGUCAAUUCAUCAAUGGUGUUCAAGCUAAUUCAUCUUUUUGUUCUCUUUUCCACAGGCUUCUUGAAUCUUUUAUUCUCUAGUUGCCUCAGUAUUCAUCCACCUCUUGGUAGUGUACAAAUUAUACCGAAUUCUUUUGUAAUUGUGGUCUCUCCAUGUUCUUAAACAAUUGGAAGACUCUUAUUCAGUAUUUUUCUUACCUUUAGUCUUUUUCCUCUUGUUUUUGGAUGUCAAAAAGGAAAAAAAAAAAAAAAAGUUGCCUCAGUGUUUCUAGAGAAA